AUGAUAAAUGUAGAAGAAGUAUUGUAUCGUGGAGCAUUGUUAGAUAAUAAACAGAUUGAAACUUAUCGAUCAGCUGUUGGUACUUAUAGUUCAUGGUAUUCAUUCAUAUCGACAACUAAAGAUCUUGACAUAGCACUCAUUCGUGGAAAUAACUCUUGUCCUCUUUGUAUUAUUGUGGUUUAUCUUAUAUUGCUCAAAGCUACAAAUCAAUCAAACACUGGUAAGAACAACAAAGAAUCACUAGAAACAUUGGAUCAUGAAGAAAAUGUAUCGGAUAAUGGAAUUGAUGGCGGCAUUGAAGAUGCUUUGACAUGUGUAGUGCAUCAAAUUCCAACAUCGAUUGCUGAUCAAGAAUUACAAGCAUCGGAUAGUGAUGAUAAAAUAUUUACUACUAAAUUAGAGCAAUCCACAAGGUAG